AUGGACGCCGAUUCUCGCCCCUCAAAACGAAGACGAGUAUCCAACCAGAAAACCGACCCCGAGCCCAACUCCAAUCCUAACGCUAUCCCAGAGCCUGACGCCGGCAAAAGCCCAACAGUCCGAACUCGAAAACCGCGCAAGGGUACAAAGCAUGCCGCUGAACCGGUAGAGAAAGGAGACGCGAACGCGGAGCCGGCGCAGGAGAAACAGGAUGUCUCGCCAGUACGAUCAACCAGACGAAGCGCAAGGAUAGCAGUCACUGGCAAUUCAGUCCUGAGCACAUCUGCCGGUCCACCUAGGCCAAAAGUCGUGGAAGACGAGAGUACCCAAGCAACACCGCGAGCAACCAAGAGGGCAAGAAAGACGAAGACGGCUAAAGACCCUCCACCGUCAGCUAAGAAGCUACCGCGGAAACCAGGACAGAAGGAAUCUACAGCUGCGCAAAAGCUGAAAGAAGAGACGGACGCCCAAUCAAGCUUGAGCGCGGAUAGGCAAGAUGGCCAUGAUGUGAAUGGUGUAUGGGACGUGCCGAGCGAUCGUGAACAGGACGAGCUGGCGAUUACUGCUCAGUUAGCUGCAAACGAUGCAGCUAUACAAUUACAGCAGGAGCUUCGUGGAGAGCUGACCGAUGUCGAAAGUAUCAAGCCAACAGCAUACGCUGAGAAGUUCAUAUCACUAUGUGAGCAGAACGGGCUCGAAUCAUUACUCGAACCCCUGGGGAAAUUCAUUCUGGAGAAACUCAACGGGAAACGCCUUAUACCACUCAAGGGCCUUGAGAAUGAAUACCAGACCGUAUUCCAACUCCUCGAACAGACCGUCGUGGCAGGCGAAGGAAACUCCCUCCUCCUCCUCGGGGCAAGAGGAAGCGGCAAAACGGCCCUCGUCAACACAGCGAUCGCCUCCCUAUCAAAGUCGAAUCGAGACGAUUUCCACGUCGUCCGACUAAACGGCUUCUUACAUACGGAUGAUAAAAUUGCUCUGCGAGAAAUAUGGCAGCAGCUAGGCCGCGAGAUAGGACCACAGGAAGAUUUAGAGAAACCGUCCAGCUACGCAGAUACUAUGGCCUCGUUGCUGGCGCUUUUAUCUCAUCCGGAAGAAAUCACGGGUCCAUCGCUGGAUCCAAAUGAAAUAACCACUACGAAAUCUGUGAUUAUUAUCUUGGAUGAGUUUGAUUUAUUCUCGUACCAUCCUCGGCAGACGUUGUUGUAUAAUCUGUUUGAUAUUGCGCAGGCGAAGAAGGCGCCUGUUGCGGUGCUGGGGUUGACUACCAAGGUAGACGUUACUGAGAACCUAGAGAAGCGAGUGAAGAGCCGGUUCAGCCACCGGUAUACGUUUCUACCUCGUCCUAGGAGCCUUGAUGAUUUUAUAGAUAUUUGCAUGGCGGGUCUAAAGGUUGAGAAGGACGAGAUGUCGAGUUCCUCGUUUCUGCUGGCUGCCAAAGGGGAAGUCCUGCUUCAGGGAUGGAACAGUUAUAUUCAGGACCUCUUCAACGAUGCAGAGUUUAAAUCUCAUCUCCAGCAAAUAUAUUAUACGACAAAAUGCCCCAAAGAGUUCUUCUCUAGCGCAUUAGUCCCCAUAACCACAUUAGCUCUUAGCCAUGCAUCCGGUUAUCCGGAGGUCCCCAGCGUUAAAUCAUUCAAGUCGAGCACGCUCGCUUGUUCAGAUCCUGCACCGCUUCCAUUCACCCAGCUAUCCGGCUCGACAAGCAAUGUAUCACUACCCUUGUCCCUGCUCCUUACUGCUACCCGGUUGACUGCCCUCCAUGAGCCAACUUCCAACUCAGGCAGUGCACCGGCAAUAGCAUCGCUGACGCUAUCCUUCCCGGCCGUAUAUACAGAGUACGUCCGUCUACUGACGUCUGCCAAGGCAUCAGCCUCAGCUUCAGGCGCAGCCGCUACUCCAGGACGUGUAUGGGGUAAAGAAUCGGCGAAGGAAGCUUGGGAGAAGCUUGUGGAAUGGGGCCUUGUGAUGCCGGCCAGCGGCUAUGGUAUGGGAGAUGGGAAGAUGUUCCGGGUAGAGGUGUCCUUUGAAGAGGCCGUUUCCGCUCUAGGUACCAGCGGAGCGGGUGCGCUGGGGAGAUGGUGGAGAGACGGAUAG